UUUUCACUCCCAUAUAUGGUCCACCUCAUAGCAAAGGAAGUAUCAAUCGCUACCAACUUCUUUCCACUAUUAGCUCAAAGAAAGAAGAGUAAAGAACACAUAAUGAAAUUCAUCGUAGCUUUCGUCGCCGCUUUGGCUUGCGCUAACAUGGCCGCCGGACAUUUUCUGCACAAGGAAAAAUUCGGAUGCAAAGAGCCGAUCAUAUGUGCUCAGCCUGCCCCUUGCGUCGUCGAGAAGCCUGUUCCAGUCCCUGUCCUCGUGAAAUCACCACCGAAAAUCAUCGAGAAACCUGUCAAAGUUCCCGUGGCCGUGCCAGUUCCUGUACCCUGUGAAAAACCCUGCGAAACACCCUGUGAAACGCCCUGUUACUCUACUCCAGUUGAGUCUUGUUGCUCAACUCCAGUUGAGCCCAGUUGCUCCUACUCCUAUUCAACACCCGUGUACAGCUCUCCCUGCUCGUACUCAUCACCGGUGAUUUACUAUUAAAUAUUUCAAACUGAAAAAACCAUUACAUUAUCAAACAAAUUUGAAUCCGAUUAAAAAUAAAUUGCUUUUUUCACACUGCAAA